ACAGCAGUUUAUAAUGUUUUAGGAAAUGAUUACUAUUGGCCGGAUAUUAAGGAUCAUAUAAAAAAGAAGACUAGAAAUUCUGAGAUUAGCCAAAAAUACAAUAAGAAAACUAGAGGGUGGAUGAAACUUUAUAAGUACGAUUAG